CAGAGCUUACCAUGUAGAUCGCAGAAUUCUCUAUAAUGUUUGUCUUGUUUUAGUGUCUUGUUUUAAUAAUAUUAUAAUAAAAAUAUGGGUGUUGAUAUGUUACAGUUGGUACUUUUAUGAAAAUGAACUUUGACCUCUUAAUAAGUCUGAGAUAAUUAAUAUAACCUUAUCGUUUGUUUACCUUUUUUGAUUUAUCAUUAUUUUUUCAUUACGGAAAUUUUAGUGAUUUUUCAACAAGUUUUUCAUACUGAAAACGUAAAACGUUUUUCAUAUAAAACGAAAUAAACAAUAAAAUCAUAAUAUUGUAGAAGAAUGGAUUAAACGGCCGUUUUACAUUUAACCAAAAUACUGGCGCAAAUUAAAGAAAAUGGAUCGUGGCAAAGGAGCGCAGUUUCUUGUAGCAUUUUCUGUGUCGCUGGCAACACUGACGAUGGGUGCGUCUUCGGCGUGGCCCACAAUCGUGUUACCGCGUUUUCACCACAACGAAACAAAUGUUCGAGUUACAGAUGAUGUUGCAUCAUGGAUGGUGGCAAUGAGUCCCUUGGGCUUUCUGUCCGGCAGUCUUGUCACUCGGUACAUUUCUGAUAACUUUGGCCGCCGAGUUACUGUGCUAUCAAGUGCAGCACCUAUUGCUCUUGGAACGAUGUUCGUGAUAUAUGCUUCUUAUGGUUGGAUACUGUGUAUUACAAAGUUUCUCUGGGGAUUUGGUACAGGAAUGUUGUCUACCGUAAUAACAAUGUAUUUAGUAGAAAUAUCAUAUAAAGAGCUCAGAGGAUCCUUGAACGUAGUAACAAGAUUUAUGUUUAACUUCGGCAAUUUGCUAGUGAUGUGUGUUGGUCCAUUUUUAUCGUACGAAGUUUUGAGCUAUUCGUUGCUUCCUUUACCUGUGAUAUAUUUUCUCGCUUGUUGGUGGAUACCUGAAUCACCAUAUUACUAUCUGAAGGAAGGUCGUGUGAACGCCGCGAGAAUUGAAUUGGCAAAAUUAAGAAAUUCAGACGUUAAUGCAUUAGAAGAAGAAUUACAGAUAAUGCAAAGCGGUGUUAAGAAUGCAAUGCGUAGUUCAAGUUCGGCAAAAGAACUGUUCACUGGCAAGCAGUACAGGAAAGCCGUGAUUAUAGCUGCGGGCAUGAAAAUGACGCAAAUUCUGACCGGCGGCAUGGCUAUACAACAAUAUUUGAUAGUCAUCGUACAAGAAAGCAAAUUCAAAAUGGCGCCUGCCACUAUAUCCAUUGUGUUCGGAGCUGUCAAGUUUGGCGUCUCUUUGAUAUCAUCAGUUUUCGUGGAUAGGAUUGGACGUCGACCUUUGAUUAUUUACACGCUCCUAAGCACCGGAAUCUCCUACGCAGUUAUCGGCUGUUACUUCUUCUUAUUGGACGUUGUUCAAAUCGAGCACGAAUCACUUAGUCCUUACGGAAUAAUCACAUUUAUUGGUAUCCUAUUAUCAACUGUAGUCUCUACUUUAGGCUUCAACUCUGUCAUAGGAAUUGUUCCCGCGGAAAUCUUCCCUUUAAAUGUAAAAGCGGUUGCUAUGACGUCAUUAAAUAUUCUAGGUGGAUUAUUAGGUUUUGCUGUAGGAAAAGGAUAUCAAGUUAUGAAAAAUUUACUUGGUUUGACUGGAGUUUUUUGGAUUUUUGCGUUCGUGACUUUUAGUGGUGCUGUUUUCACUUAUUUCUUUGUGCCUGAAACACGUGAUAAGAGCUUGCAUGAUAUACAGAUUUUAUUACAAGGUGAUUUAUAUAUAGAUGAUGCGAAGAUAGAUAAAGAUUGUUUAGUAGAGACUGAGUUGACUGAGUUAAACUCAGUUAAAGAUGUUAAGAAUACAUCUUAAUGUAAUAUUAUUAUCUUCAUGGUUAUUUAAAUGACCGUUGGUUUCUGAGACUUAAAACACUUUUAAAAGU